UGACAACUCAAAGCAGCAAACAAGAAAGCAAGAAAGAAAGCAAAGCAAGAAGUGGCAGCUAACAAAGAUGGAACAUAGAGCCUCUUCCCUCCUCUUCUUCUUCUUCCUUGCCGUGUUCCUUGCAUUCUUCUCGUCACCCUCCUCUGUCUCUGCCUUCAACAUCACCAAGCUCCUCGAGAAGCAAUCCGACUUCUCCAACUUCAACAACCUCCUCUCCCAAACUAAGCUCGCCGACGAGAUCAACAGACGCAGCACCAUCACCAUCCUCGCAGUGGACAAUGGCGGUGUGGGAGGGCUCUCGGGGGAGUCUUCCGGUAUGGCCAAGAAUAUCCUGAGCGUCCACGUGGUGUUGGACUACUACGAUCAGGACAAGCUCAAGAAGAUCUUCAAAUCAAACAAGUCCGCCACUCUCACAACUUUGUUCCAGUCGACAGGUCAGGCAAGGCGGGAGCAAGGCUUCAUCAAGGUUUCGGUGAACAACGGACAAAUUUCAUUCGAGUCUGCAGCCAAGGGCGGGAAUGGCAACAGUGUAAACUUUGUUAAGUCGGUUGUUUCCCAGCCCUACAACAUUUCAGUGCUUCAGGUGGGGUCCAUUAUUAAUGUUCCUGACAUGGAGUCGUCCUCCUCGGGCCCUGCCAGCUCACCCAAGUCUGCCAAGGCCCCAAGCCCCUCGAAGUCCAAGAAGGACGACUCUGAUGACGAAGCUCCAAGCUCGUCAGACGAGGCUCCAGCUCCGUCAAAGCACAAAGGUAAGGGCAAAGGAAAUGACAAAUCCUCGCCACCAGUAUCUGCUGACUCACCUUCAGAUAGUACAGCGCCCACGCCUUCGGCACCUGCGCCCUCUGCAGCUUCGCGUACUCGUGAGAUCAUGGCCGUUGGUGCCGGGGUGGUGAUCAUGGGGCUGGUUUCGCUUUUGGCCGCUUAAUUAACUAGAUCUAAUGAUGAAGUAUUGAUCACAGAUUCACAGCUCAUCAGAGGAAAUUAUGAGAAUAGGUUCAAAAAACUGGGGAAAAAAAAAAAGACCUAUGUAUUUUUAAAUUUGUUUCUCAUAAAAUGUUGAGAUGAAGAAGGCCCUUGUUCCUUAAAUUGGUGUAAGUUGUAAACCCCUACGAUGCUGAUUUUAUCUCAUUGAAUUCAUAUUCAUAUCUUGUCUCGUA